GCGGGGGGCAGCGCGGCUUCGGGCGGAGGGCCGGGCGGUUCCCACCUGCCUGCGCGCCGGCGGGGCGGCUCAGCGGUCCUGCCCCCGCCCCUCCCCCGCCCGCUGCCCCCGCCCCUCCCGCGCUGGCUUUCUCCCUCCCUCCUUCCCUGGCGGGGCUCCGGCGGCGGCGGCGGCAGCGGCGGCGGCGGCGCUUGGCGCGGGCAGGUCCCCCUGCUGCCCGGUCCCAUUUGUUGCCGAGUCCUGCUCGGAGCGGCGGCGGCGAGCGGAGCUCCGGGGAGCCCGGCGGGGCAGCCGCACAGCCACGACGGAGCAGCCGCGGGACUGGCCGCCCCGCGCCCCCUUCGCCGCCGUGCCCUUCCCCGGCGCGCUCACCCCGUUCUCAGGAUGGGAUUGUAGCGGCGGCGCGGACUCCGCGGGGAUCGCGGCGGAGGAGGCGGCGGCGGCGGCCGAUCGGGGCUCCAUGUUUUCCCCCGGCCAGGAGGAGCACUGCGCCCCCAAUAAGGAGCCUGUGAAAUAUGGGGAGCUAGUAGUACUAGGGUACAAUGGUGCUUUACCUAAUGGAGACCGCGGCCGGAGGAAAAGCAGAUUUGCUCUCUAUAAGCGGCCAAAGGCUAAUGGAGUCAAACCCAGCACGGUCCAUGUGAUAUCCACGCCACAAGCGUCCAAGGCUAUCAGCUGCAAAGGUCAACACAGUAUAUCGUAUACUCUGUCAAGGAAUCAGACUGUGGUGGUGGAAUACACACAUGAUAAAGAUACGGAUAUGUUUCAGGUGGGCAGAUCAACAGAAAGCCCUAUCGACUUCGUUGUUACAGACACAAUUUCGGGCAGUCAGAACAAUGAUGAGGCCCAGAUUACACAAAGCACCAUAUCCAGGUUUGCCUGCAGGAUCGUCUGCGACAGGAGUGAACCUUACACAGCACGGAUAUUCGCAGCCGGAUUCGACUCUUCCAAAAACAUAUUUCUUGGAGAAAAGGCAGCAAAAUGGAAAAACCCCGAUGGCCACAUGGACGGGCUCACUACAAAUGGCGUCCUGGUGAUGCAUCCACGAGGGGGCUUCACUGAGGAGUCCCAGCCUGGGGUCUGGCGUGAGAUCUCUGUAUGUGGAGACGUGUACACCUUGCGAGAAACCAGGUCGGCCCAGCAGAGGGGAAAGCUGGUGGAGAGUGAGACCAACGUCCUGCAGGACGGCUCCCUCAUUGACCUGUGCGGGGCCACCCUUCUCUGGAGAACAGCAGAUGGCCUUUUCCAUACUCCAACGCAGAAACACAUCGAGGCGCUCCGGCAGGAGAUCAAUGCCGCCCGGCCGCAGUGUCCCGUGGGGCUCAACACCUUGGCCUUCCCCAGCAUCAACAGGAAGGAGGUGGUAGAGGAGAAGCAGCCCUGGGCAUACCUCAGCUGCGGCCACGUGCACGGGUACCACAACUGGGGCCACCGGAGCGACACAGAGGCCAAUGAGAGAGAGUGUCCCAUGUGCAGGACUGUGGGCCCCUACGUGCCUCUCUGGCUCGGCUGCGAGGCAGGGUUUUAUGUAGACGCAGGACCACCAACUCAUGCUUUCACCCCUUGUGGACACGUGUGCUCAGAAAAGUCUGCGAAAUACUGGUCUCAGAUUCCGUUGCCUCAUGGAACUCAUGCAUUUCACGCUGCCUGCCCUUUCUGUGCUACCCAGCUGGUUGGGGAACAGAACUGCAUCAAAUUAAUUUUCCAAGGUCCAGUUGACUGAUGCCCUUGACAGCCAUCUACGACUUUAUUAACAAGUUACUGUGAAGAUUUUGCCACUAACUCUAGAUUUUACCUUUUUAUAAUGCUGUUUAUUAGGGGAG